AUGUCUGAAGGUGGCAUCUGGUUCCCACGAGAUACGGAGAAACCAAAGCUUGUCUGGGCUUACUUUGCUCCGGGAACGCUCGACUAUCACCACCCUUGCUUCGACUCGUUUCUCGGCCCAGACCAUGGAGUCCUGUUUGCGAUUCCCAUCGAAGAGAACACGCGAAGAGGAUUACACUUGGACUACUACCUGUCCAUAUACUAUCGGGACUAUGACGAAAUCGUCAUCAAGUCCGUCCACCGGGCCGUGACAGCCUGCCACGGAAUGACGGUCCCGCGUAAGAUGGUUGGCGACUAUGUGCUCUUGAGCGGCCGACCCUACCCCCCCGCUUCCAGCUACGGAGACACGACUCUUGCCGAUUUCCGCCACGCUCUAGACUACUUCAGCACGUAUUUUGAUAACACAAUCUACGAGACGCCGGGCGCCGGUUCCGUUGGUGCAGUCAAAGUCAGCUGUCGACUCGAGGAGGCACUGCACGGCCGCGACACCUUCACUGCUGUGGCGGUCUCUCGUAAUUUCCCAAACACCAGUGGUAUAUCCGACCUGUCCGUGGCUCUGGGCGACGAGCUGAGGGUAUGUAGGCUUAGCCGCUCCGAGCUGGAGCGAAACGCGGACUUACCGGACGACGCGCUGGGCAGCAGCGGCUGGCACAACCCGCAUUCCCAGGCGUUCAUGGUCGAUAUGGAUACGUCGAGCGACAACUGGAGCAAGUCUAAGCAGUACAGGGACAUUGAUGGGAGCGCGAUACUCUUGCGAGAGGAUGGCACUGACCUGGAUGUCCAAUCCGCGGAGCGCAUAUGCGGAUAUGCGUCGAGGUGCUUGUGCCCCUUUUCGAGCAGUCACUGGCGGGUGAGAUCUCCCGCCGCGAAGUCCUGGUCCUGA